CACCACCAGAUUUAUCAAUACCAUCACAAACAGAAUUUCGUGUUCCAAUUGGGACGAAGCAGUUUCGACUAAUAUGUCCUGUCAAAGAGAAGAACGAUGACCUUUUAAUGAUUCAAUGGAAGAAAAACGACGAACUAAUUGGAUUCGAUUUCAACAAUCGAUUCAAAUUGGCUCGAUCAGAUCGUGAGCUGAAAAUUCGUAAUCCUCAGCUAUCGGACGGUGGAAUAUAUCAGUGCCAAGUGGUUAAUGGGUUUGGACAUCGGGAAUUGAACUUUACCAUAAUUUUUUACGAUCCAGCGGUGGAGAAUGAACAAAAUGCUGACAGUACACUGACACUCAGUACUAAUGCAUCGCCACCAAUAUGGAAGAACGAAACAGAAAUUCGAAAUUGGAUGAUAAAUCCAGUACGGAUAACAAUUGGUGGGGCAUUAUUGCUCAAAUGUCCUGCAAAAGGAAAUCCACUCCCGCGCAUUACUUGGUUACGAGAUGGCAAGACAUUAGAACGAGAAAUCACUUAUCAUUAUUCCUCAGCGAUACUUUAUCUAAGUGAUGUACAACCUAGCGAAGGUGGUAACUAUGUAUGUAAACUGGAAAACGAACAUGGUAGCAUCGAAGCAUCAUUUCACGUUUAUGUGGAAAAUUUCUUCGAAGGUUUGGAUGGUGAAAGCUGGUCUAUUGAUCAGACAAAUGCGCAGCUUUACCCAGUUAUUGAUGAACCCUUCAAUAACACUGUUCGAGUUGGUCGAACUGCUCAAUUUCAAUGCAAAGUAAGGAAUCAACAACAACCCCUUAUUAAGUGGUUAAAACGGGUCGAAGAUCCGAAUGCAAUUCGUCAAACAAAUGCAAACGCAACAUUAAUUCAUGCAAAUAACAUGCAUCUUUUACUGCUGGAAAAACCGGAAACAACUGCUGAAUUAUCGGAUGAUGUAAGCCUAAAUAGGCUUAUUAUUCCGAAUGUACGAUAUGAGCAUUCUGGAACAUAUCUUUGUGUAGUAACAAAUGCUCAUGGUGAUAUCGCUUAUCGAUCAGCAUAUCUUCAUGUUAUUGCAAGAUCGGAUCAUGGAGUAUUAUCAAAUCUUUAUUUUUAUGGUGGUAUAUUAAUCCUAAUUGUUGUAUUUACAUCAAUAACUUAUGCUGUUUAUUUUUUGCGGAAGAAUCAGGCUGCUAAAAAUAGUGAAUCAGCGCAAGGUAUCACAACUACUCGAUAUUCAUUUUCACUAAGGCCUCCACCUCCGAAUCUUCCACCUCCAAAAGCUCCAGCAUUACCUUCUGAACGACAACAAUUGAUGCUGAACAAUCAGCCUUGUGAUCGCUAUACGAUCAAUUCAACAGCAACAACAUACUAUCCACAAUUUGGAACUCCAGAUAAAAAGUUGCAAAAGAUAAUAACGGAAAGUGGUACACGUCCAACACCUAUACGACGUACGAAUGGUAAUGAUACGAAAUAUCGAUUAAAAGAAGAUUACGUAUGUUCACCCAAAUGGAUGCAUACUAAAGCUGAUAAUAUUGAAGUUGAAAUAGAUCAAAAUUUAUUAAAAGGCCGUUCCACGCAUCGCUAUAAUCCGGUAUCAGUAACAUACGGUCGAAUUGAUAAUAUUGAUCAACAACAAAAACCUUUCCUUAUCACUGGUAAUAUACAAAAAAGGUGA